UCGGCAUCAUCAUGAUCAUCACUACCAUCAUAUAUUAAUAUCACAAACCGCUUACUUUUACGAAAAUAACUUGACGUUUUGAAAUUAAAAAAAAAAAAUCUAUACGGAUAUAAAUAUAUAUAUAUAUAUCAAAUAUACCUCUAUCUCAAGUUAAAAUACAACAGAAAGAUCAACAAAACAAAAUUGAUAUCUAUUAUUAAUUAAAAAAAUAAACAAUUUCAAAAAGUAACGACCGUUUGGAACAUGGAAAAUGUCAGUGAAAUAUCGUCUGCUAACAGCAGUAACAUGGAGUACGUAUGGACAGCUCGUGAAAGUUACGUUGUUGGUGGUUACUUUAUUAUAACAGGACUGAUAGGAGUUUUCGGAAAUGGCAUUGUACUAUCCAUGUUCUCUAUAUACAAAGCAUUGAGAACGCCGACCAAUACGUUGUUUAUUAAUCUGGCUGUUAAUGACAUUGGGAUGUGUCUUUGUCUCUUCCCAAUUGCAGGGAUAUCAAGUUUUAAACGAGUGUGGAUUUUUGGUACAACUGGUUGUCAGUGGUAUGGCUUCACAGGGAUGUUGUUUGGACUAGCAAAUAUUGGCUUUCUCACAGCUAUCAGUGUAGAUCGAUAUUUGAUCACUUGUAAAUAUUAUAUUUACUGCCACUUGAAACACUUUCACUAUCACUUAAUUGCUGCCUGUGUAUGGAUCAGUGCUGCCGUAUGGGCAUUCUUUCCACUGUCUGGAUGGGGCAGAUAUGCCGAAGAAGCCGGUGGAAUAGCAUGCGCAGUGGACUGGGAGUCACGUGACCACAGUAUGACUACCUACAUAACAACCAUAUUCGUCGUUUGUUUUCUAAUUCCGCUCCUAAUCAUCUCUGUCUGUUACGCCCGGGUCUGUUUGUUCAUCCGAAAAUUAGGACACGGCACGCAGGAGAACCCCGAGUGGACUAAUCAAAAAGAUGUAACAAAGAUGUGUGCCAUAGCCAUAAUAUGUUUCAUAAUCGCAUGGAUGCCAUACGCUGUGAUUUGUCUCUGGUCAAUUUACGGCCAUCCUGACUACAUACCAAAUUCUGUUCAAAUACUGCCGUCCUUGUUUGCCAAGUCAUCAGCAUCUUACAACCCAUUAAUUUAUGUUGCGCUUAACCGACGUUUCAGGUUAGCCAUUGUCAAGAUGUUUCGGUGUAAUAACGAUCAGCGCCCUCUGGAGGAGGAACUGCGAAUGAAAAAUUUGAUGUGCUAAACUACUUACAUGUCAUUUUGGGCUAUCAGAUCACAAUAUGACUGAUGAUCUAUGGGUAUCAAAGUGAGUGCAUGUAUGUCUAUGCGUGUAUGUACAUGUAUGUCUGUGUGUGUAUGUGAACGUAUACCUUGCAGUGUGGGAAUGCAAUAUGCAAUGUACUAUUGUAUUUUUUCUUUCACUUUUCUUUCACUAUCUAAUUUUUUUUUAUUUUAGAACUUAAAUAACUUUAUAACUUUUUGUCUGGUACAUAUAAAUCACUAAUUUUCAGACGUUCGCCGGUGAAAGCUGUCAUCAUUUCGUCAUGCAAUAUUAUUCGUCAUAACGCGAAACAUAAGUUUUUUUUUCUUCCAGUAUUAAUUCAUAUCUUCUAGUGCAUAAACUCCGAGUAAUUUAAAUAUGAAAUUCUUAUAGAAAUUUAAUAUUUUAUAACUGGUUUCUAUCAAAUGAUUAUUGAGUAAAAGGACAGGUUUCCUUCAGAAUCAAAAUGUUUGAUAAAGAAUGAAAUUUAUAGCAAAACAUCGAUAGUCUGUCAAAGACUAUAGCAGACGAUCAUGUUUCAGUUCAGAUAUGAAUCUCCAUAAAUAAAUUAAAUUUUAUCUUUAAAAAGUUCUGCUUAAUGAUCAAUAUCUUUAACAAAAGGUAUUACUUCAUUGCCAAAACAUUUCAAUCUCAAAAUGGGAAAUAUCUGGAAACAAUUUUUUUUUAUUACAACUUACUUCCUGCAAUGCAUUUUUUAAAGGAAUUUUAGUAAAUGACAAAAUCCCUAAUCAAAUAAGACUAGAACAUAACUUACCUAAAAUCCCUCAAUAUGUACGUCCAUAGAUGUUUACGUAUAUACUUAUGUGUAC